CUCGCUUUUUGGUCACCCCGGGGUUUAGGCUGUUGCUCAGCGGACUUCCAAGAUGCGUCAACUCACUGAAGAGGAAACUCGUACCCUGUUCGAGAAGCUGGCCAACUAUGUCGGCAGAGGACUGAACGAGUUGAUCGCGCCGCCCUCCGGCUCGGAAGACCCCAAUGAGCGCUACGUGUUCAGAAUGCACCAGAUGCGGGUCUACCACGUUAAGCUCGGCCUCGUUGGGCUCGCCACAUCGAUCCCUCGCGACAACCUGCUCUCGCUCGGCACCUGCGUCGGAAAGUUCACCAAGACCGGAAAGUUCAGAAUCCAGAUCACCGCGCUGGAUCUCCUAGCGCCCCACGCUCGGUACAAGGUGCACAUCAAGCCCAACGGAACGCAGCCUUUCCUGUACGGAGGAAACGUGCUGAAGGCGCAUGUGGGACGCUGGAGCGAGGAUUGCCCCGAGCACGCGGGUGUGGUGGUGGUGGACAUGAACGAUACACCCCUGGGAUUCGGAGUGACUGCCCGCUCCAGCGCCGAGUCGCGGAAACUGGACCCCACGGCCAUCUGUGUCUUCUCGCAAAGUGAUAUCGGAAACUAUCUCCGCGACGAAGAUACUCUGUUUACGACCUAAGAGGGGGGCUUGCAUACGCGGGAUCGAACAUGGGAUUUUCAUCAUAGAUACCGGGGGAUUCUCGCAGGAGUUCUGGAGUCGUCUGUCUGUUCGUUUGGAAAAGUGUUUGAAUUGUCUUCCGGCAUUUGAUGUCCUGCACCCUGUACGAUAUUGUCUGGCAUUGGCUCGGGCUGGCUGUAAAUGACUGGUGCUUGAUAGCUGCAAGGAU